AAAAAUCGGGAGAUAGCUUGGAAGAGCAGGGAUGGAUAAAGUAUUGACUGAAGCGUAAAUUGGCGUAAUUCACCUUCAAACUCAAACUUAGAAGAAAUUGAGCGACGCAAGGAAAGAGAGAAAUUGGAGCUGGAGAGUCCGAAUUCUCGUUGCUCUGGUGAGGAUCGGACUUGUAUCUUCGCCGUUCCUUCCUCGUCUUAAGAUCUUCGCUCAAUAAUUCCUAUAUUGGCACAAGCUUUGUUUGCUUCAUGAGCCAAAUUGCUUCUCUGUGGCUUCAUAAUGGUAAUGAAGGGUAUCUGUGAGAAGAUUGCUGCUGCUAAAUGUUCUUCUAAAAGUUCAACAGAGACUUUGGAUAAUAACCAGGGGCCUGCUUGUUCACAAGCAGGGUCUAUCGACAGUAAGUUUCCCAAGGCUUGGUCAAGCUUCUUUUCAUCUCCUUUUACAAUCUUUGAAACAUAUAGUGAGUCAUCAGCUUCUGAAAAGAAAGCAGUUCAUUCUAGACAUAGUGGGUGGGCAGCUGCCGUGAAGAAAGUUGUUACUGUUGGCCCAAUGAGGAGAUUUCAUGAGCGUGUCCUAGGGUCAAGCAGGACUGAUAUUUCAGCCUCAGAUGGUGAUAUAUGGCUCUUAGGUGUCUGCCAUAAAAUCUCACAGCAUGAAACACCUGGGAAUGUAGAUACAGGCAAUGGAUUUGCAGCAUUUGAACACGAUUUUAUGUCAAAAAUCUUAAUGACAUAUCGGAAAGGUUUUGAUUCUAUUGGGGAUUCAAGGUAUACUAGUGACGUAAGUUGGGGAUGUAUGAUUCGAAGCAGUCAGAUGCUUGUUGCUCAGGCAUUACUUUUUCAUAAAUUAGGUAGAUCAUGGAGAAAACCUCUGCAAAAGCCACUGGAUCGAGAAUAUCUCAACAUUUUGCGUCUUUUUGGUGAUUCUGAAGCAUCUCCUUUUUCUAUCCACAAUCUUCUUCAUGCUGGUAGAAGUUAUGGCCUUGCUGUGGGGUCAUGGGUGGGCCCAUAUGCCAUGUGUCAUGCAUGGGAAGUUCUAGCCCGCAGUCAGAGGGAUGCAAAUGACACUGAAGAACAGCCACUUCCUAUGGCUGUAUAUGUUGUUUCUGGAGAUGAAGAUGGGGAGCGGGGUGGAGCACCUGUUGUUUGCAUUGAAGAUGCCAUCAAAUGUUGCUGUGAGUUCUCAAGGGGCCAUGCUGAUUGGACACCCCUACUUUUAUUGGUUCCUUUGGUUCUUGGACUUGAUAAGGUUAAUCCUAGGUAUAUUCCAUUAUUGCACUCAACCUUUACGUUUCCCCAGAGCCUUGGAAUAUUGGGGGGCAAACCAGGUGCUUCAACAUAUAUUAUAGGUGUUCAGAAUGAAAAGGCAUUCUACCUUGACCCUCAUGAUGUUCAGCAGGUUGUAAAUAUCAAUGGGGACGAUCAGGAGGUUAAUACUUCGUCGUACCACUGCAAUGGCAUUAGGCACAUACCACUGGAGUCAAUUGACCCAUCCCUGGCCAUUGGAUUUUACUGCCGUGAUAAAGAUGACUUCGACGAUUUCUGUUUCCGGGCUUCUAAGCUGGCUGAUGAAUCGAACGGUGCACCAUUGUUCACUGUGACUCCAUCGCGACGUUCCUUGAGACAAGUCGCUGGCAGUGAUGUAUCAGUUGAUAGUGGUAGACUCUACAAUGAUGAUGCCACUGGAAUGGAGCCUGUGGAUGAUGCUGGGGGCUGUGCCCAUGAAGAUGACUGGCAGCUCCUAUAAUGGUAGGUUACUGCGUGGGUUUGAAGUAAAUGGGCAAAAUGGUUAAAUGACUCUCAUUAUUGUUUGAGAUUGCAAGUUUGGUUGUGCCUGGGAUUUCCACUUUAUUAGGUCUUUGUAGAAAGUAAAUCACUCAUCAUGAUUCUUUAGCUUAAAUUUUUUUAUUUUGUCAAAAUGUUGAUAUAGUUAACCAAGUAUUUAUUGUACAUUUACAUAGCCAGCUUAUUCAUGUUUGUUGCCUUCACUCCAUAAAACGUUGCUCACAUUGGGCUAUAA